UCUGCUUCCCAAUUUGCGAGGACUCACGUCACUCAAAAGAAAUGUAGCUUUGCAUUUGAGACCAGGACGAGGAAUGGGGCUUUUUGAGAGACCUGUGAGCUUUGCAGAGAUGGUUUUGGGUGAAGGGAGGCGGGCGUGCAGGUGAAUUUCACACCUUAGAUUCUGUACAUUUCGCCUCUUUGAGGUUUCUGAAAUUAAUCAGAGGCUUUUGUUUGACAGUGAGGAGUUCCGCUAGGACUGGAUUCGGGCUCCUCCCACUGGGUGCGGAAUAAAGUUACCGAGUCCUCAGCAGGCGAGGGCAGGCACUGGCUUGUAAGGAUCGAGUCCUGAGAGGGAGUGCGGCUUGUGGACGCUCUGAGGAGAGAGGGGAUGAAGAAAAACCAUGAGUGACUGAUCAAAGAGGUAGCGAGAACUUUGCAGUCAAAGUUUGAUGGUAAACCUCGCUUCUUUUCCCUAUCUCCCUCAAUAAAAGAAGACCUAGCUAUCAUCUUUCCAUUGUCUGGCAGGAGUGAUCUGUUCAGAAGAAUAAAGCAACUCAGCGCUGGUUUCUCCCGGGCCCGAGAGCAGCACCUUGCCGCACGAUGUCCGUCACCGUUCACGAGAACCGGAAAUCGCGUUCCAGCUCGGGCUCCAUGAACAUCCAGCUGUUCCACAAGCCGUCGCACGCAGACAGCUUGCUGACACACCUCAACCUCCUGAGGAGGCGUCAUCUCUUCACCGACGUGAUCCUCCGCGCGGGGAACCGCUCCUUUCCCUGCCACCGCGUGGUGCUAGCCUCCUGCAGCCGCUACUUCGAGGCCAUGUUCGCUGGCGGCCUGAAGGAGAGCCAUGACAGCGAGGUCAACUUCCACGACUCCCUUCACCCCGAGGUGCUGGAGCUGCUCCUCGACUACGCCUACUCGUCCCGCGUGCUGAUCAACGAGGAAAAUGCCGAGUCCCUGCUGGAGGCCAGCGACAUGCUGCAGUUCCACGAUAUCCGGGACGCCUCGGCUGAGUUUCUGGAGAAGAACCUGCACCCCAUGAACUGCCUGGGCAUGAUGCUGCUCUCUGAUGCCCACCAGUGCGAACAGCUCUACGAGCUCUCCUGGCAGGCCUGCCUGGCCUACUUUGCAGUGCUCUACAGGACGGAAGACUUCCUGAACCUGCCCAAGGACAAGCUGGUUGAGCUGAUCUUGAGCGAGGAGCUGGAGGUGGAGGAUGAGAGCCUGGUCUACGAAGCGGUGAUGGGCUGGGUGAAGUAUGACCUGAAGAGGCGGCGAGACGACCUGCCAGAACUCCUGCGCUGCGUACGCUUGGCCUUGCUCCCAGAGUCGUACCUGUACCAGAGCGUGCUAGGGGAGGAGCUGGUGGCCAGCCACCAGACUGGCAAGGGGGUGGUUGAGGAAGCCAUCUGCUGCAAGAUGCGGAUCCUGCAGAAUGACGGCGUGGUGACCCUCCUGUGUGCCAGGCCUCGCAAGGUCAACCACGAUGUGCUGCUGCUGGGCGGCCAGACCUUUGUGUGCGACAAGGUGUAUGCCAUCGACCAGAAGGCCAAAACUGUGAUCCCCAAGACCAACAUUCCCAGCCCCCGCAAGGAGUGCAGUGCCUGUGCCAUCGGCUGUAAGGUGUACGUGACUGGUGGCCGGGGCUCUGAAAACGGGGUCUCCAAAGAUGUCUGGGUGUACGACACCCUCCACGACGAGUGGACCAAAGCUGCCCCCAUGCUCCUGGCACGCUAUGGGCACGGCUCGGCAGAGUUGGACCAGUGCCUGUAUGCCAUCGGCGGGCACACAGCCGUCAGUGUUUCCUUCCCGGCCUCGCCCUCCGUCUCCCUCAAACAGGUCGAGCACUACGACCCCCAGGCCAACAAGUGGACCCUGGUCGCCCCCCUCCGCGAGGGGGUCAGCAACGCCGCGGUGGUGGGCGCCAGGCUGAAGCUCUUCGUCUUCGGUGGCACUAGCGUCAACCGUGAGAAGCUGCCCAAGGUGCAGUGCUUCCACCCCGGGGAGAACCGAUGGACCGUGCCCGCUCACUGCCCGCAGCCCUGGCGCUACACCUCGGCGUCUGUGGUGGGCGACCACAUUAUCGUCAUCGGUGGCGACACGGAAUUCUCUGCCAGCUCCGCAUACCGCUUCAACAGUGAGACCUACCAAUGGUCAAAAUUCGGUGACAUGACAGCGCGGAGGGUCAGCUGCCAUUCGGUGGCAUCCGGUAACCGGCUGUACGUGGUUGGAGGGUAUUUUGGUGCCCAGAUGUGCAAGACCCUAGACUGUUACGAUUCGUCAACAGGCACGUGGAGUAAUAUAACCACUGUCCCCUACUCACUCAUUCCAACAGCCUUCGUCAGCACAUGGAAAUAUCUCUCUGUCUAGCUCAACCGUAGCUUCGAACUUCUGUUAUCUGAGGCUCGAUGGAUUAUCUGUCAUCGUUAAAAGGCAAAGAGCAUUGAAGAACAUUAGAUGGCACAGCCGUGUUCGCUAGAUGUUGCCCCAACGCUGGAAGGAAUUGGGCCAAAGAGGACUGAGCUGCACCCCGUGGCUGACUAUCGGUGCCUGCGGUCAGCACCAUUGUCAAAAUUCAGCAAACCACGCAAUGUGUAUUUUGGUGCUCCAGCUGUUUGUGACAAACAGACCUCUCGAGGGUUUUGGACUUCACCUCUCUUAGACUUCAUUGUCUGAUGUUUGUUUUGUUUAUCAUUUUUAAAAUACAAUAUCUGCCUGUUCAGCAAAGACUAUCGCUAUGGUAACCGGCUGAGGAACCACAUUUCAGCUGGUGGUGUCAGGCUCUGGUACCGUGCCCCUUUCCUGCCAAGGAGGACCAUACCAUCAUCUCCAGCUCACCGACAUUGUAGCCCAGAAAUGUAUCAGCCAUCGCUUCACACUUACUGGGGAUCGCCAUUCCAGAACAUACUACUUGGCUGCACUGAGAGUGUCCAUUUAUUGCACAAGCUGUGAUGUGUUACCACGCAUCUGGAAUUGGACAUUAAACAUGGGCCAUGCGAAUGAAGCCCAUUUCCCAAGGACUAGAACAAAUUCCAUUUCCACUUGGACCUGUGACCAUAUCCGACUUCCUUCCCUCGUGUAAUCCACAGACUUUGAAAACUCAAAGUUGGCAUUAUCCAAUUGGGCCCAAGCUCUGGUUUCACUCUGACACGCCCUAUCCCACAUUCUUUAGUUCAGUCACUACUCUAUCCCCGAUUAGAGCAGAAUUUUCCCCUUGUUGCUGUGAAUCUGUUAACCCAGAUUGGGGCAGCUGGCCCCUGUCCCGUAUCUAUGUAGUUUUGCACAUUCCGUUUCCCCACUUUGAUUUUGUAAUUGGGUGGCUUGUCUUCUGUAUUUAUUUCUGUGAUGGGUGGGUUUCUGAGUCUACAGAGAGCACCCAGUGUCUUUUUAAACAGUGUUAUCUUGUCUUGGUGUGAACAGACUGGUUUUCUUCACCUGACUAAACUGGGAGAACAGAAGGUCUGUGGUUCCGAAUUAGUUUUAAUUGUUGAGCACUGGACCCCAGUGUCACGGCAAAGAUAAUAGCAACAGGCGCUUCCUCUGGGACUUCCGAGUUUGCCAGUGGAAGCCAGGGUGAGAGGGCUUCCAUUGUAGAUGAAAAGCCUCCAGAAAUUCACCCGAUAACUCUCCCGAUGAUUCACCAGAUAAGUAUGCACCCUCCAGAACCAAGGGAGGUACCUAGGAAGAUAGAAGUGCUCUGCUCUUUGCCUGGGCGUCCCCUGGCUUAGGCCCCACCAUCAGCUUUUAUUGCCUUUUGGGGUGGGCGAUAGAAUAAAAUAUCCUGCUACAAAAGGAACGUCAGCUGGUGCCAGAGGCAAGACUUGCAUAAGUUGCAAUGACCACUGUAGUGGAAUAACCGGCUCUCCACACUCCGGUUGUGGAAGGUCUUUGGGACUAAACUGGAUCCUGUCAAAUGGACUAGUUCGUUGGCAAGGUAAAUUCACCAUAGCCCCACUGUGUCAUUAGAGAGAGAGCGAUGACUGACAGGUGGAGGUUUAACCUGAGGGUCACCACACCUCAGGUGAGGGGUGAAGUUGAGGAGGAGUGACUGUCCUAGGUAACAGAAGCCAGUAUAGGAAUUGAACUCAUGCUGUUGGCAUUGCUCUGUGUUGCAAACCAGCCAUCCAGCCAGCUGAGUUAACCAAUUCACUCCAAUUGGGUGGCAACAAUAUAGUUGUUACAGUCUAGUUCAUUGACUCGGCAAGGCUAGCUGCCUGUGUUCCUGUCACUUGUGUUCCUCUGGCGUUUAGGAUCAUUGGAGUAACUAGUUUUCACAAUUUAUUUGAGCCGCCAGUUGUUCCCUCUGUGCACUGACAAAUUGUUGUUAAUGGCACAAACUGCUUCUUUGAACAAUUCGAGAGGGUCUGCACCUGAAAUGUUAACUUCCUCGCUCCCGAGCGUUUUGCAUUUUUGUCACAUUCUGGUCGUUUGCACGGCCCCAAAUUAUUUUUGACCAUCCAUUUCUUUGGAUGCCCCGGCCUGCAGUUGUCGGUGGUCUAGUGGUGUCAUCACUGUGCCAGCAGAUCAGAACCCCCCCCAACCCCCCAAGCUAAUGCAGCUUCAUGUACCACCAAUAAAUCUCAUGGGAUUUAAAUUCAAUCAAUUUUGUUUUGAAAAGCCCGGAACUGAAAAUUGCUCUGUACCGUGGUGGCUGUGAGCUGUCAUUGCUUUAUUGUUAAAAUCGUCUCUUGCUUUCACUAAUGUUCUUGUAGGAAAGGAAAGCUGCCAUCCUGGCCUACGUGUGACUCCAGUCUCAUGACAGUGGGGAUCACUCUUAAUUCCCCCUGCAAUGGUCCAGCGAGUCACUCAGAUCAAGGGUGACGAGGGACUGGCAGCAAACGCUGGCUUUGUCAGUGGCGUCCUCAUCCCCUUGAAAGGGGGAGAGCAAAAACUAUUGCCUGCGAUUAAAUCUGCUCCCUUUCGUCACACCAAAUAAAUGAUUAGCAAACUGAUCUGUACAGCUCUCCCUUGAGCUUCAAUUAAUCAUUUCUGCUUGAGGCUUUUUUUUCUUUUGAGAGAAUUUAAUAUUUGAUUCAAAUCCAGAGGAUUUCCACAAAUAACGCUGAAGAAAUCACAGGCGCAUGAAUCCAGUCCAACAACUUUAUGUAGAGACUCUGAGCUUGUGUUAACAUAGAAAAUAGGUGCAGGUGUAGGCCAUUCAGCCCUUUGAGCCUACACUACCAUUCAAUAUGAUUGUGGCUGAUCAUGCAAUCACAGUAUCCCACUCCCGCUUUCUCUCCAUACCCUUGAUCCCUUUAGCCACGAGGGCCAUGUCCAACUCCCUCUUGAAUAUAUCUAACAAACUGGCCCCAACAGCCUCCUAUGGGAGAGAAUUCCACAGGUUCACAAGUUCCGAGUGAAGGAAUUCUCCCUCAUCACAAUCCUCCAUUAAGUAAGAGUCAACAGCAGAAAGUUCACUCGCUGAAAAUUGCCCUUGAAAUAUUCUGAAACUUAGGUCCCAGCCUUGUUGAAAUCUACCUCUUUGACUAAGCUUCACAUCUUUAUGUGGCUCAGUGUCAAAUUGCAUCUGGCACUCUACUCCUGUGAUGCACUUGAGGAUCCUUUUACUAUGACAAAUGGUGCUAUAUAAAUGCAAGUUUACUUCCCAUUGGGAAGGGGGUUCAUAAUCUACUCGUCUGUUUUCUCCACCCGCUCACUGACCCCAGUCUGUGUCACACAGGGUGUUCUCCAGGGCCCAGGGUGCACUCUGCUUUUGACCCUCCCAACUUCGCAUUCUAGCAAGAAUAUACAGAUCAACUCUUGGCUGAAGGAAAGUGGCUCACUGACCUCACAGCUGUGGACAUGGCAGGGACAGUCGUGUCAGAGAUAACCCUGUAUGUGCAUUGAAGUAAAUCUUAGGCAACCACUGACCUCAUCUCUUUCAAAAGGCGUUUUGCAUUUUUUUUUGUCUUUCACCCUCUGGACAAAUAGACUAGCUGCUUGUUAGUGACUCCCAUCACAUCCUGCCACUUUAUUACUGUUUGGGGUAUGAGAACAUCUGGAGACCUGGCUGAUGAGAUUGUGUGGUCAAAAAUCUAGAAUCCGAUAGUUGUGAAAAGAGGUCAUUUGGCUCCAAGUCGGCACUGAUCCUCCAAAGAGCAUCCGCCCAGACCCAUCCUCCCCACCCUAUCCUCGUAAAGCCGUAUUUGCCAUGGCCAGUCCACCUAAUCUGCAUAUCUUUGGAUAAUGGGAGUAAACCAGAGCAUCCAGAGGGAAUAGUCUGAAUUAAUCACUUUUUUUUGUGAUUCUGGCUGAAAGAAGCCGUCCCCUAAUCCCCACAGAUAUUGGCGGUGGAAAAUAUCGACAAUUUGAGAAAGAGAUUGAGUGAGAUUCUCGAGGUCUACACGGAUGCAGCAGGGUAAUGAAACUGACUAGCUUUGCGGAGAGCUGGCAUGGACUUGAUGGGCCAAAUGGCUACCUCUUGCAUUGUUAAGCCUGUAAGCGCCUGUCGUAGUUGUAACCAAGGCGAGACUGUUUCAACCGUUCAAGCAGGAAGAAUUCUUCUUUUAAAUUCUAAUCUAUCUGUUUUAAGACUCUCCAUGUGUCUUGUUAGAAUGUUUUUGAACUUUUAGAUGAAGGAAGCAGUUGAAGAUGCUUUUACUGUAAAAUAUUUUGCGACUCUAUUCUGGGUAUUCUGUUUUAUUUUUAUUACACAGGCAGGAAGUCGAACCAGGAUUUAUUUCUUGUUCCAUUUGAACUGUAUGGCUGGAGAAUUUGUUUUCUGUCUGUGACUAUUUCUGUGUUCCGUAAUUUGUGGAUGUGUUUUUAACUUAUGAUGUCCUGUUAUUUAGAUUAAGUUGAAGGGUUGAUUUUGACAGCCUGGUGCUGUGUUAUAGAUUUCAAUAAAGA